AAGGCGUUUGGUGUUCUGCGUGGGGUUGUUGAGGAUGACCACGUGCCUAACUCAAUCUAUUUUCUUUUACUUGGAGAAGUUGGCUUCUUUCUACCCUUUUGUCCUUCCUGUGAAGAGAUCUGAAGUUCCUAGAUUCUGGGUCAUAUAUAUGGGUAAGUGAGAGGAAAAGGGUUCAGGUAUUUCUUAUAAAUUUCAGCUCAUCAAUUUGGAGAGUUGUGUUGUUGAGUGUUUUGUUUCGUUUGCUGGAAAGAGUCUUUUGAGAUGGGUUCCUUCGGAAUGCUUGCUAGAAGAGCUGUGGAGACUGAGAUGCCAAUCAUGGUUCAGAUGCAACAAUUGAUCCGAGGAGCAAAAGAUGUAAUGUCCCUGGCACAGGGGGUGGUAUAUUGGCAACCGCCUAAACAAGCAUUGGAUAAGGUCAAAGAACUUGUUUGGGAGCCUUCAAUUAGUCGUUAUGGUGCUGAUGAAGGUCUUCCUCAACUUAGGGAAGCCCUGAUGGAAAAGUUGCAUAUGGAAAAUAAGCUGCAUAAGUCUUCAGUGAUGGUUACUGCAGGUGCAAAUCAGGCAUUUGUGAAUCUUGUGCUCACAUUAUGUGAUGCAGGGGAUUCAGUAGUCAUGUUUGCUCCGUACUAUUUCAAUGCUUACAUGUCCUUCCAGAUGACGGGUGUCACUAAUAUACUGGUGGGCCCUGGUAACCCCAAGACUCUUCAUCCUGAUGCAGAUUGGUUAGAGAAAACAUUGUCAGAAACUAAGCCUGUUCCCAAGCUUGUUACUGUUGUUAAUCCUGGCAAUCCGUCUGGUACCUGCAUUCCGGACCAUCUACUUAAGAGGAUUUCAGAUCUCUGCCAAGCUGCUGGAUGCUGGCUGCUUGUUGACAACACAUAUGAGUACUUUAUGUAUGAUGGUCGGAAACAUUCUUGUAUUGAAGGCAACCAUAUUGUGAACAUCUUUUCAUUUUCAAAAGCUUACGGAAUGAUGGGAUGGAGAAUUGGUUAUAUAGCAUACCCAUCAGAAGUAGAAGGCCUUGGAACUCAACUGCUGAAAGUUCAAGAUAACAUACCUAUUUGUCCUUCAAUAAUUUCCCAGCGCCUUGCCCUCUAUUCUUUAGAAGUGGGACCUGAGUGGGUCAUUGAACGAGUAAAGAAUCUUGUCAAGAACCGGGAAAUGGUCAUAGAAGCUCUCUCACCCUUAGGAGAAGGUGCUGUGCAAGGUGGAGAAGGUGCAAUUUACUUGUGGGCUAAGCUUCCGGAUCAGUAUGUUGACGAUUUUAAGGUGGUUCGUUGGCUUGCUAACAAGCAUGGGGUGGCUGUGAUUCCUGGAAGCGCAAGUGGGUGUCCGGGCCAUUUGAGGAUCUCCUUUGGUGGGUUGACACAGGAUGACACCAAGGCAGCUGCAGAGAGGCUUUGGAGAGGAUUAGAAGAAUUGGUGAAUGAUGGAAUAGUAGAGUAACAACAUUUUCCCUUUGAUUGAAAUAUAGAAAUAAGAUCAAGAGAUCAUUCUCCAAUUUAGAUCCAAAAAGAUGGUUUAUUUGAAUAAUUGGAGGCUGUUUAGUUGGUAAGCUGCUUGAAAUUAGAGCAGCAGUUUCAGUUAUUUA